GCUAAGGCAACUCUACAUUCCUAAACUUGACAGAUCCUGAAGGUUGUGUGUGUGUACAUGCACACGCUAGAAAUUGAGUAUUAAGAGAAUUGUGGUUUGCUCUAAAAUCCGUGUGUGGGUGCUGGGAGAUGACUGACAGGUAUGCUGAUUACAUUUGGUCAGCUUGUCAAAGCUAGAGUCAGACUGCUCUGUGGACAAGUGUAUAAGGUAUUUCCUUGAUUAAUGAUUUAUAUAAUAAUGCUCAUCCCACUGUGUUUGAUGCCACUCUGGGCAAGUCUUGAGUUGAAUAAGAAAGCAAUCUUAGCAAGCCAUGAGAUUAGGGAAGUGUGUUAGUCAAAGUUCUGCUGCUGUAAGAGACACCAUGACCAUGGCAACUCUUACAAAGGAAAUCAUUUAGUUAAGGCUGGUUUACAGUUUCAGAGGUUUAGUCCAUUCUUGUCACAGUGGGGAGUAUGGUUGCACACCGGCAGACAUGGUGCUGGAGAGGUUGCUGAGAGUUUUCAAUGUAGAACGGCAGGAAGACAGACACUGAGCCUGGCUUGAGCAUUUGAAAAAGCCCCUGCCCCCCAGUGACACACUUCGUCCAACAGAGCCACACCUACUCCAACAAGGCUGAAAGCUCCUAGUCCCUGUGGAGCAACAGCACUCCCUAAUGACCAAGCAUUCAAAUCUAUGAGCCUGUGGGCACCAUGCUUACUCCAACCACCACAGGCAGUCAGCAGCAUUUCCCAGGUUGGGAGCAUGUGGAAUGCCUAGCUCUGUAGUGUAUAUCAGUAAAUCUGUUUGCCAGAGCUGGAGACUUGUUAUUAUGAACAUAUUUUAAUUUACUAAUUUCUAAGUGUGUGUUGUGAUUUCACAUUGUGAAGGCACAUUCAUUUCAGACCAGCUUUCCCUGCAGGCUUUCAGAAAAAUAUUUUUUAUGACAAGGUCUCUUAUGUGUAGGCACAUAGGUCUUGCUGCACUCUGAGUCAACUUCUUCAGUUUUUGGAUUAAAAUUCUGUGGCACCACACAGUUCUAAAAAUACCCAUUUGAGUCACAGAGUGGGAUGUUUAUAUCAGUAACAGGAAAGGGAUUUGUGUGGGGACAUGUUGUUUUGUUUUGUUUUUUUCCCUUGAAGCCAGAAUUGAAGGAAUAGUUUACUGGGUACAGUGCAGGGGGAAAUAGGCUAGGCAAUAGCUGGAUUACAGUUGGUUCAAGUUUAAGUCAGUGAACUGCAGUGGUCUCCCUUAUAUUUCUUUUGCUGUGGCAGGUGAGUGAAUUUCUGUGUACUUACCCAGCAUGCAUUAGUUCAUACCAUAUGAAUGAAGGCAAACCAAAUUGGUGUGUGUACAGUUUGGGGAAGUUACCUUUUGUGGAGAGGUAGCUUUUGUGGAGAGCUGCUUGUUUGGCAAGCUGCUUUGAUAUUGAGUAUUCAGCAAAAACCAUGGUUUUUGCCCUGGCCUAUACCUUGAAACAGAGAUAAACAGGAUGUUUUGCCAAGUUCCUUUAGCUUGUUUGUGUGACUGUGAAGCAUUUCUGCUAUACAGAAAUGUGAAGUCUAAGAAAAGAAGUGGUCUAAGAAAAGAAGUUGGACUGCUCCAUGAACCCCUUCCUUGUAAUGAUGUGCCUUGUUUUGCUUUGCCUAUAUUCAGGAGCUGUGGAAUAAAGUCAGGGCUUCAGUAUUUACUGAGCCGAUCCCUUGUAUCUUGCUUUAUUUCUUUCAAUCCUCACUCCCCACUCAGGUACUGUUUGACUUGCCGGCCAGCUCCGGCAGCCAAUGAAAUUUCCAGUUGAGCAAUUCUUUCAUAUGGGUAAGUGCAACCCAGGUUGGCUCACAUCAGGCUGGUGAGAGGAUUGAGACACGGGGCUUUUGGCUGUGGCUUGUGUGUCAGCAUAUAGCACUCAGCAGCUAACAUUUUGCAUAGGGCAGAUCAUCAUUCUCUAACUAAUGGCAUUCUCUCUACCAGGAAGGAACUUACUCUCUUUCAAAAUCAACAUACCUAAGUGUAAGCCACAUAUUAACAUCUGGCUUAGUGUGGUGGUUUGAACUGGCAUGGCCCUGAUAGGCUCAUGUGUUUGGUGCUUGGCUCAUAGGAAGUGGCACUAAUAGGAGGUGUGGCUUUGGAAUAGAUUUGGCCUUGUUGGAGGAAGUGUGUCACUGUGGAGGAUGGUUUUGAGGUCUGGUAUAUAGUGUGCUGUCUAUUUUGAGUUUCCUGUUUGGGAGAGGCUUUCAUUGUGUAUGAUGUAUUGUCGACUUUGACAGCAUGGGGAGUGGUCAGUAUCACAAUGUGGGGCCCUUUCCACCACGGAGUCAGAGUCUUUUGGAUGGCUUCUGGCUCAGUAGUCAUGAGGCUUCACUGCUGCCAGGUCAUGCAGCGGACAGACAGUAGAUGUAGUUUUUCCUGCAUCUUUUGCAGUGCCUCGACUGGCUGGAGUAGGGCAAGGUUACAUGCUUCAACAAUCAAAUCAGAUAUAAUCUUUGGACUGAUGUGAGGGGAUCUUCCAAACAUUAUUUUGUAGGGGGUCAGAGCUUCUUGGUAAGGGGUAUUUCUAACCAGUCUCUGCCAAGUUUCCCCAAGAGGAGUUUAUUUUUGUCUUAGCAUUUUCAGCUUGUUAAGAGUAGGGGCAGUGCACUCUCUUCUGUAAUUACUUCUAGCUGAAAUUGGGGUGUCAGGGCCCAGGAAGGCUGAAAUGCUAGUCAAGGGCUGGGCAAUGGGGCAUUUUUCAGAAGCAUCUGAUUUGAAGAGACAGGGAGCAGUUGCAUCAGCUAGACUGUUUUAUAUCAGCUUUUGCAAGUCCAGAGCUCAGCAGGUUGCAGUUCGCAGGUGCAGUCUACAUGGUGCCUGGCAGACAAGUGGAGGUCUACGGAGACAAAUAUCGACUGGGGACAGAAGUUAAAGUUUCCUGGUAACUCCUCCUGGUGGAGGAGGAGCAUGAGAGGGGCUGACCUCCCUUGUCUACGCAAAGUGGGGCUAUCAACUCUCUAAUGUCCUGCUCAUCCACGGUUUUUGGGCAGGACCUACAGCAGGACACAGUGACCUAUGAGGAUGUACAUGUAAACUUCACUCAUGAAGAGUGGAGUUUGCUGGAUUCUUCCCAGAAGAGUCUCUAUAGAGAUGUGAUGCUGGAGACCUACUGGAACCUCACUGCAAUAGGUUACAAAUUAGAAGACCAGAAUAUUGAAGAAUACUGUCAAAGUUCCAGAAGACAUGGAAGCUACAACAUCUGUCACUGUGGAUACAAGCCUUGUGAGCAUAACGGAUAUGGAAAGAAGCAGUGUGCCUUUACACAGAAUAGUUUCCUUCAAAUAUAUGACAGAAUCCAUAGUGAAGAAAAACCCUAUGAAUGUAGUCGAUGCAGUAAAAUCUUUGCAAAUUUCCGUAGUCUUCGAAAACAUGAAAAAAAUCAUACCAGAGAAAAACCCUAUGAAUGUAAUCACUGUGGCAAAGCUUUUCCAAGUCGCAGUUCUCUUCAGAUACACAUAAGAACUCAUACGGGAGAGAAACCAUUUGAUUGCCACGAAUGUGGUAAAUCCUUUGCAUGUAGCAGUCAUCUUCAAAUACACAAAAGGACUCACACAGGAGAGAAACCCUAUGUUUGCAAUGAAUGUGGUAAAGCAUUUGCACGUGUCAGUAAUCUUCAAAUACACAAAAGAAGUCAUACAGGAGAGAAACCCUAUGAUUGCAAUGAAUGUGGUAAAGCCUUUGCAUGUCGCAGUCAUCUUCAGAUACACAAAAGAACUCACACGGGAGAGAAACCCUAUGAUUGCAAAGAAUGUGGUAAAGCCUUUGCAACUCGCUGUCGUCUUCAAAAACAUGAAAGAACUCAUACUGGAGAGAAACCUUAUCAAUGUGAUCAGUGUGGUAAAGCCUUUACAGGCCGUAGUCAUCUUCAAAUACAUGAAAGAAGUCACACUGGAGAGAAACCCUAUGAAUGUUCUCAAUGUGGUAAAGCCUUUGCAUAUAACAGUGAUCUUCACAGGCAUGAAAUAAUUCAUACUGGAGAGAAACCCUAUGGAUGUAAUCAGUGUGGUAAAGCCUUUGCAAGUCGUAGUAGUCUUCGAAAUCAUGAAGAACAUCAUACUCUUGAGAAACCCUAUGAAUGUACUCACUGUGGUAAAGCCUUUGCAUAUUGCAGUAAUCUUUAUAUACAUGAAAGAAUUCAUACCGGAGAGAGGCCCUAUAAAUGUAAUCAAUGUGGUAAAGCCUUUGCACGUCCCAGUCAUCUUCAUAUCCAUGAAAGAAUUCAUGCUGGAGAGAAACCCCAUGAGUGUAGUCAAUGUGGAAAAGCAUUUUUAUUUCGCAGUAGUCUUCAAGUACAUGAAAGAACUCACACUGGAGAUAAACCUUACAAUUGUACUCAAUGUGGUAAAGCCUUUGCACGCCGCAGUCUUCUUCAAAUACAUGAAAGAAGUCAUAGUGGAGAGAAACCUUAUGUGUGUAAUCAUUGCAGUAAAGCCUUUGUGUGUCGCAGUAGUCUUCAAAUACAUGAGAGAUCUCACACUGGUGAGAAACCUUAUGAAUGUAAUCAGUGUGAUAAAGCCUUUACACGUCGCAGUCUUCUUCAAAUUCAUGAAAGAAGUCAUAGUGGAGAAAAACCCUAUGGAUGUAAUCAGUGUGAGAAAGCUUUUGCACGUCGCAGUCUUCUUCAAAUUCAUGAAAGAAGUCACAGUGGAGAGAAACCUUAUGAGUGUAAUCAUUGCAGUAAAGCCUUUGCAAGUCGUAGUAGCCUUCGAAAUCAUGAAAAACAUCAUACUGUUGAGAAACCUAAUGAAUGUACUCAGUGUGAACUUAAGAGUGGGAACCAAGGUACUCCAAGGACAAGCUAACCUUUGAUAGAAUCUGAGAAACAACAUAGAGUUAGUUCUGAUCUUAAGAGUGGGAACCAAGGUACUCCAGGAACAAGCUAACUUUGGAUGAAGUCUGAGAAACAAUAUAAAGUUAGUUAACCCUUUCUUGUUCUCUCUGAACUCUGGCUGCCUGGUUUAACUCAGCUGUUCUAGCUCAAACUCUUCUCCAAGCUGAAUGAUUUGCUCUGUUUGGCCUCACAAUAACUCUAGUAACCCGUUCUAAUCUUCUGUCUCUUCCUUAUCCUCUGGCUCCCUCUGUCUUCACCUGUGUCUAGUUUGUUCUCUCCUCAACCUGUCUCUAUAAAAUUCUCCUGGUAAAACUGCCUCUGAUUCCCACAAACUAACCUGCCACAAACUCAGCUCCACUGCACUGCCUCUCAACUCACUGUUCAACUGAACUGACUGACCAAAACUGACUAGAAUUAUCACAGACACACACACACAUCUUUUGCCAGAGCAGCCAUGUUCUGAAUUAAAAUUCCUCUACAUAUUUCAUUGGAUUGUUUCUCUCUCUCUCUCUCUCUCUCUCUCUCUCUCUCUCUCUCUCUCUCUCUCUGUCUCCAAACAUUCAAACAUUGAAAAAUGUGAGGAAGAUUUUUCAGCCCUGGGCUGUUCUGAGUCAGCUCAGGUUCUGGCCCAAAAACCAGUGACCCUGUUCCAAGCUGCCAAGAAAAGAUACAGAGGUCCCUGGUUUCUGCCUUGAGCUGUUCCAUUGGACCUGAGAUGGUCACGUGCAUGCAAGUCAGGCUGGCUCGUUAUUCUUGUUGUUUUCAGCAGACACUUCCUGUUUUGCUAAUUAAGCCUCCUGUUUUGCUUGGAUAUGUUUACUUGGAAACCUAUAUAAGUGGUUUACUCUGUAACAAAGAUGGUGCCUUGAUCAGAGCACUGUCUUGGCGUCACUUCUUCGUGUUCUCUGACUCUUUUAAUUCCUAGACCCUUGUGCAGGCAGUUACUAUUGGUGGUCGCAGGUGACUACACUGCCUGGCUCACUCAUGGAGUGACUACACUCAUGGAGUCCGAUCCCCUUAACAAAUCACAGAUAUGUCCAAAAAAUUCUUUAUGUUGAAGGAGGCUCUGAAGGCACAGCAGUCACCCACAGCCAGCUCCAAGAAGGAAGAGGAGGCCCUUUGAAGCCAGGUGACAGCCAUGCAGCACAGGAUGGAGAUACUGGCUCUGUGUAGCAGGAGAGGGGUGGUGGGAGCCAUAGACAGAGCAGUCAGUGUACUGGUGGGUGUUAGGAAACUUGCAACUGUGAAGGUUACACGACGGGUUCACAAAUCACACCACGAGACCGGUUCCAUAUGGGAGGUUUAUUAGGGGAAGGGAAAGGGGGUCGCAGAGAGAUUAGGCAGAAGAGAAAGAGAGAGAGGCAGGGCUCCAGGAGCUCUCUUAUAAGGUGACCCAGGGCAUGCCCAGGUGGUUCCAGGUGAUCAGCGGGUGGUCUUCUUGGUGGCUUCACAAAUGCCUGAUACCCGGUUUGUGAGGUCCCUUGCGGGUGGCCGUAGAGAUGCCUGCUUACUGAUCCCAACAGUGGGCAUGCCUGGCAGGAUGCAGGCUGGGCAGGGUACCACAGACACCUCCCUGAGUCAGCCAUCAGCAGCUACUGAACCUGGGGUUUUGACUCAGGCAGAGUGUGUGGGUGUGUCUCACUGUGGCUGGGCCUCCAGUUCUCUCCCCUUUCCUCCCAAACUGCCUUCUUUCCUUCCUUUCCCUUCCCUUCUUGUUCCCUUCCUCCCUAUCCACCUUUCAUCUGAGGCAGGGUCUCAUGUAAUGCAGGCUGACCUCAAAAUCACUAUAUAGAUGGAUGACCUUGACUCUCUGACCACUCCCCUGAGUCCACAGGAGGAGGCCCAGGAGCAUGGCACCGUGGUGGCUUUAUACUGCAGUCAUCUCCUGUAUGCCAUUCAGGUGAGUCCCCUGCCUCCUGACUCCACCUAAGGGUGCCCAUCUGGCUUUACCAUUAUUCUGGCACCUCCUGGGCCCAGUCUCUCCUGUUCAGAGCCUGCCUGUGGCUUCUGGGAACAUGCCUGUGCAGCAGGGACCUUCCUCAUGGAGCAUUGGCUCUCUUGGGUUUGAGUGGAGAGACUUGCAAGGGGCAGGGAAGCACCCAGCAGGUGCACCGGACAGAUGGAUGAGGAUGUACAGUGCAUUCUCAGCCAGAUCCUGCAGAUGCAGCGGCUGCAGGCACAGGGCCACUGAGGACUCAGCUCAGACAUUCAGUCUCCAUCCUUCACCUCUGCAAGCUGAAGCCACAGACAUCACCACCUUCCCACACACCUAAGGAACAACAGGACUCAGCAUGCAGUGGGAGACCAGCCUGGGCCUCAGCAAUGGAGCCCAGCUCACCCAUCACCCAACAGCUCCCUGCACUCUGGCCUUCUGAUUCCCGUCACUCUCCGUUCUGACGCUAGAUAUACCACUACAUCACAACUGACUACCCAGGUGUAGAAGAUCAAUGAGAGAGAGAGAGAGAGAGAGAGAGAGAGAGAGAGAGAGAGAGAGAGAGAGAGAAGAGUAGAAAAGAGAAGAGAAGAGAAAAAGAGAGAGAAGCAGUGUGGGACGCUGGGUGAGGGCAUGCUAGGGAAGACUCAACACAGUUUGUUCUUCUGCAUCCAUAACACAAUUAUGUCAAUAAAAAUGAGUGCCGUGCAGUAUUUAAAGUUUGCUUCAGGAGGGGAGACCCUACGCAGAACCCACAGGGAGGGGAUGAGGUGGUUUUGUUUUUCUGAAACAGGGUUUGUCUGGUAGCCUUGGCUGUUCUGGAAUUCACUCUGUAGACCAGGCUGGCCUCAAACUCAAAGAUCCACCUGCCUCUGCCUCCCGGGUGCUGGGAUGAAAGUCGUGUAUCACCACCGCUAGGCUAUAUAAAGUUUUGUCUUUAUCUUCACAUCCCAGGUUCUCACCUUGGAACCUGGGGACCCAAUUGCUGGUGAUUCCCGUCUCAGACCAAGCUGGCAUAAACGUCUGAUGUCCUUCCUUCACCUCCCAAAUGGUGGCGUGAUAGACUAGUGCUACCCCAGAACCUGGGAAAGAGUUACUGUUUCCCUAACGAUGUGCAGCAGAGAAAGAUGUGGACAA